AUGAUUGACAGCGAGGUCACGAUUAUACUAGCCAUCCUGACUAAACCUGAGUCGGCGACUGUUGGCCGCCGACGCCGACUCAAACCCCUGGCAAGUCGGGUCGCGCUUAACGAAAGCUCCGUGCUCGUUGCAAUCCCUCCAGCCAAGCGAGCAGGCCUUGGCCCAGACGGGGACAAGCGCAUGCCGUAUCCAGCUAGCAUCACAACGCCGUUCUUUGACGGACGUGAGCAAUGA